CACCAGGGGGCGCGCUGGCCGGCGCCGCGGAUCUCCGAGCUGCGCGGCCCGACUCGCGUCCGCCAUAUUGGAUGCCGCAGCCGCUGCUGCCAGCGCUUCCUCCUCCGUCUUCGCUGUGCGCUGCUGGUUCCUGCGGCCCGAGCGGCGGGGAGGUGAAACAGGAGUCUGACGAAGGAAGAAGAAGGAGGGGGUGGGGAGUGUAGGGGACGGGGCUAGAGGGCGGAGGACCGAGACCGAGCGGGGCUGAGAAGAGAAGGCGCCGCGGCCCAGCCCCUCCCCCGCCCGCUGCCGACCCGCCCCGGCCUCGCCUGUGUUCCCCAGACCGGCGCUCCGCCCGCCCUAGCGGCCAUGCCGGAGCCUCGCUGCCCCUGAGGGAGUCUUUCCCUGCCAGUGCUUGCCCUUCCGCUUCGGCCCCAGGGUCGCAGCGGCCGGGUCUCCCGCCGGCGCCCCUCCUCGCGGCGGCGCCGCCGCCCGCGUCUCGCUCUUCCCACCCAGUGCAGUGGCCGCCGCCUCUUCCGCCGCCGGGCUCGGGGCCUCCGCACCGACAACAUGGAGGCUGUGAAAACCUUCAAUAGCGAGUUGUAUUCCCUGAAUGACUAUAAACCACCCAUUUCUAAAGCCAAAAUGACCCAAAUUACUAAGGCUGCCAUCAAAGCUAUUAAGUUCUAUAAACACGUGGUACAGAGUGUUGAGAAAUUCAUUCAGAAAUGUAAACCAGAAUACAAGGUACCUGGACUUUAUGUUAUUGACUCUAUUGUACGACAAUCUCGACAUCAGUUUGGUCAAGAAAAGGAUGUGUUUGCACCCAGAUUUAGUAAUAACAUCAUUAGUACUUUCCAGAAUUUAUAUCGUUGCCCUGGGGAUGAUAAGAGUAAAAUAGUGAGAGUAUUAAACUUAUGGCAGAAAAAUAAUGUGUUUAAGAGUGAGAUUAUUCAGCCUCUUCUGGAUAUGGCCGCAGGGAUUCCUCCCCCGGUUGUCACACCUGUUUUGGCCAGUACUACUGCUGCUAUGAGCAACACCCCAGGAACGCCUGUGACACCUGUUACUCCAGCCAAUGUUGUCCAGGGUCUGCCCGAUCCAUGGGUAUCUCAGAUAACAAAUACAGAUACACUUGCCGCUGUAGCUCAGAUCUUACAAAGUCCUCAAGGCCAACAGCUUCAGCAGUUGAUACAAACUUUACAACUCCAGCAGCAGAAGCCUCAGCCUUCUAUCCUGCAGGCCCUGGAUGCUGGGCUGGUUGUGCAGUUGCAAGCUCUCACGGCCCAGCUGACGGCGGCAGCUGCAGCGGCCAACACCCUGAACCCCUUAGAACAGGGGGUGUCUUUCAACAAGAAGUUGAUGGAUAGGUUUGAUUUUGGGGAAGAUUCUGAGCAUAGUGAAGAACCCAAAAAGGAAAUUUCAGCUUCUCAACUUUCUCAUGUUUCAGAAUCUGUGAACAAUUCAAUUUUUCAUCAGAUAGCAGAACAACUACAGCAGCAAAACCUUGAACAUCUCAGACAGCAGCUCCUGGAACAGCAACAGCCUCAAAAGGCAACCCCUCAGGAUAGUCAGGAAGGAACAUUUGGAUCAGAACAUUCAGCAUCACCAUCACAAGGGAGCAGUCAACAGCAUUUCCUCGAACCUGAAGCAAAUUUGGAUGAUUCUAUAGAUAUUCAGCAACAGGACAUGGAUAUAGAUGAAGGGCAAGAUGGAGUGGAAGAGGAGAUCUUCGAACAAGAAGCAAAAAAAGUGGCUGUUCGCUCAAGAUCAAGAACACAUUCACGAUCUCGUUCAAGAUCGCCAAGGAAACGAAGGUCUCGGUCGCGAUCUGGUUCUCGAAAGCGUAAACACAGAAAGCGAUCACGCUCACGCUCAAGAGAAAGAAAGAGGAAAUCAUCACGUUCAUACUCAAGUGAAAGGAGAGCAAGAGAAAGGGAGAAAGAACGACAGAAGAAGGGAUUACCUCCAAUUAGAUCUAAAACAUUAAGUGUAUGUAGUACUACUUUAUGGGUUGGUCAGGUGGAUAAGAAGGCAACCCAGCAAGAUUUAACCAAUCUGUUUGAAGAGUUUGGACAAAUUGAAUCCAUUAAUAUGAUUCCUCCCAGGGGCUGUGCAUAUGUCUGCAUGGUUCACCGACAAGAUGCUUUCCGGGCUCUUCAGAAACUUAGUUCUGGAUCAUAUAAAAUUGGGUCCAAGGUCAUUAAGAUUGCUUGGGCUUUAAACAAAGGUGUAAAAACAGAAUAUAAACAAUUUUGGGAUGUGGAUCUUGGAGUUACAUACAUACCAUGGGAAAAAGUUAAAGUGGAUGACUUGGAAGGUUUUGCAGAAGGAGGCAUGAUUGACCAGGAAACUGUAAAUACUGAGUGGGAAACUGUGAAAAGCUCAGAACCUGUUAAAGAGACGGUCCAGACAACUCAGAGCCCAACUCCAGUUGAAAAGGAGACAGUGGUCACAACCCAGGCAGAGGUUUUUCCUCCACCUGUUGCUAUGUUACAGAUUCCAGUGGCGCCAGCUGUGCCUACAGUUAGUUUAGUUCCACCAGCAUUUCCGGUCUCCAUGCCGGUUCCUCCUCCUGGAUUCAGUCCAAUCCCUCCACCUCCUUUUCUGCGAGCGAGUUUUAACCCUUCACAACCACCUCCUGGUUUCAUGCCACCUCCGGUUCCACCACCUGUUGUACCGCCACCUGCUAUUCCGCCAGUAGUACCAACAUCCUUAGUGCAGCCGCCAUUAUCCAUGACUCCAGAAACCGUGAAAGAUGUUGGAUUUGGUAGUCUUGUUUUACCGGGUGGUUCUGUUGCCAGCAAUCUUGCUACUUCUGCUCUGCCAGCUGGAAAUGUUUUUAAUCCUCCAACUAAACAAGCAGAGCCUGAAGAAAAAGUACCUCAUCUUAUAGACCACCAGAUUCCUUCUGCUGAAAACACCAGAUCAGUGAUUCCAAAUGAUAUUUCAAGUGGCUCUGCAAUUUUAGGAGGACAGCCACCAAAUGUGACAAGCAAUUCUGGAAUUUUGGGAGUCCAAAGACCAAAUGUGUCGAGUAAUUCUGAAAUUAUUGGAGUCCGGCCAUCUAAUGUUUCCAGUAGUGCUGGGAUUAUUGGACCCCAGCCACCAAAUAUUCUAAAUAACUCUGGAAUUUUGGGACUACAGCCACCAACUGUGUCAAGUAGUUCUGGACUCUUGGGAGUGCUACCUCCAAAUAUUCCUAAUAAUUCGGGACUAAUAGGAGUACAGCCACCAAAUGUUCCGAACACUGCUGGACUUUUGGGAACACAGCCACCAGCCGGGCCUCAAAACUUACCCCCUUUAAAUCUCCCUGGUCAAAGGAUGCCUGCAAUGCCAAUGUUAGACAUUCGUCCGGGACUAAUACCACAGACACCUGGACCAAGAUUCCCUUUAAUACAGCCUGGAAUCCCACCCCAGCGGGGAAUCCCUCCCCCGUCGGUACUUGAUUCAGCUCUUCAUCCACCACCCCGUGGUCCGUUUCCUCCAGGAGAUAUUUUUAGUCAGCCAGAAAGACCUUUUCUGGUUCCUGGAAGACAAAGUGUAGACAAUGUUACUAAUCCAGAGAAAAGGAUACCACUCGGGAAUGAUAACAUUCAACAGGAAGGAGAUAGAGAUUACCGGUUUCCUCCCAUGGAAGCCAGGGAAAGCAUUAGUAGACCUCCCCCGGUGGAUGUUAGGGAUGUGGUUGGACGGCCUAUAGAUCCAAGAGAAGGUCCUGGAAGGCCUCCGUUAGAUGGUAGGGAUCAUUUUGGAAGACCUCCUGUCGAUAUUAGAGAGAAUCUUGUGAGGCCAGGCAUAGAUCAUCUUGGUCGAAGAGACCACUUUGGCUUUAAUCCAGAGAAGCCCUGGGGGCACAGAGAUUUUGAUGAGAGAGAACAUCGGGUUCUGCCUGUCUAUGGUGGUCCAAAAGGCUUACAUGAAGAAAGAGGUCGAUUUCGGUCUGGAAAUUAUCGAUUUGAUCCUAGAAGUGGUCCUUGGAACAGAGGAUUUGGACAAGAAGUUCACAGAGAUUUUGAUGACCGCAGAAGACCCUGGGAGAGGCAAAGGGAUAGGGAUGACAGAGAUUUUGAUUUCUGCAGAGAAAUUAAUGGAAACCGUCUUGGACGAGAUAGAAUUCAAAACACCUGGGUCCCCCCUCCUCACGCUCGGGUUUUUGAUUUUUUUGAAGGGGCCACUUCUCAACGAAAAGGUGAUAACGUGCCUCAGGUUAAUGGUGAAAAUACUGAGAGACAUGCCCAACCACCGCCUUUACCAGUACAGAAUGAUCCUGAACUUUAUGAAAAACUGACAUCUUCAAGUGAAAUAAACAAGGAGAAGAGUGACACAGUUGCUGAUAUAGAAAGUGAACCAGUGGUAGAAAGCACAGAAACUGAGGGGACAUAAUCAUCACUCAGUAGGUAAAAGAUACCUUUUGUAAAGUUGUCAUCUCUCUGUAAUAGAUUAAUGGCUGACUGGACCAUAGUUGUUCACUUUUGUCUGCCAGAAUUAAGUUAAUCUGAUGUUCAUGUUCACCUUUCUCUUAAAAUAAUUGUACAACUGACUUGUAUAGACAUUGUUCUUAAUAUGAACAUGGUAGGUAAACAUUUUUUUAUUUUUCUGAUAAAAUAUAAAUGUUGCCCCCAGAUUCUUUUAACUUCAAGGAAAUGAAUAACAGCUUGUCAGAGACUUCCUAUGGAAGAAAGAAUUUUUUUAGAUACUACCAUUAGGUUGGAUAUGGUAAUAGAUAUAUUUCAAAAUAGCAAGUGGUGGUAUAUCUUAUCCAUAUCUUUAGGCUGCUGCAGAAUUUUAAAGUAAUAGACAAAGCUGUGAUAUUUUAUGCAAAGACUGGCUCUAGAUAUUUGAGGAGCACAAUACAGAGAUUUUAAAAAGUGAUUUUGUAAAAUCUACACUAUGGUCUCUGUUUCUCCAAAGUAAGUGUUUGUGAUUUGUUCCUCAUACUGCAGUGAGUAAAAAAGAAAAAAGAAAAAAAAAAAAAAAAAGAAAACAACAUAAAUAUUAAAGUACGUUUCAAUGUUGGGUGAAUUUUGUUUUUAGAUGCCAAUAAAACUUAUUUGUUUGAUAACAGUGUUCUAGGAAUUGUAUUUUUUUAAUCUACAAAUUCUUAAAACGUUGGAUCAUUAGCAGCAUGUGCUUAGUUGUUGCAGAAGUUUUUUUAUUACUCUUGAUAACAAUGAAGAACUGUGUGGUGGAAAAACAUGUACUUUGAUAUAAAAAUCAUGCAGUCUCAUUAGUAUGUAUGUAAUAUCUGUAUAUAUUUAUUGUGUAAAUCCUAUGUAGAUUUUUCUGUUUCUCUGUAUGUCUGUCUUCAUGUACAUACAGAGAAAAAUAGUUGAUAGUUUAGAUUAUAAAAUAUUCUUUAAAAUCGGAUAGAAAAUUAGAGAAAUUUGGCUAAUUGACAAUGCUCAUAGUCAAAACUCUUAGCCUUUAUGAAGGUAAAAUAAGAAAUAUUGUCAAGAAAUGCAUUGACAGUUUGGCAAUUCUUUUUUAACAUAGUUAGGCAUGAAGCCAGAGUUAGCAUGGAGCCAGAAUUCACGUAAAUGCUUGCAUUGCUUUGUUUCACAUUAUAUUUGCUAUUCUGCAUAGAUAGUGCUAGUACUAAAGUACUUAUUGGUCACUUGCCUGAGGUGAAUUUCUUAAUUGCACAGAAUAUAUAGAGGUGUUGAUGGAUUUAAAAACAUUAUAUUUCAGGAACAAAGUGUCCAUCAUGUGUUCUGUAGGCUGUGGGUAACACUGUUCAGAUUAGCCUCCAAGGUAAACUGAGUAGCAGAAAAAUUGGGGAUUGGUUUCCUAUUUAUUUAUUUAUUUUUGCUUUUAAUUUUCAUUUAUUUGCUAUUUGUUUCUCCUUUGGGUUUUACAUAUAUAUACAUAUAUUAAAAACCAUUGGUGUUUUUUUUUUCAUUCCUAAUGAAGGCUUUUAUUUGGUCCUAUGAAUAGUCCUUUUGUUUCGUAUGCAUUCCCAGCCACUCAUCAUUUGCUCUAUUUCUCUAAAAUUCUUAAGCUACAUUUGUCAAGCCUGCCUAAAAUAAGGAUAGAACACACCAGCCCUCUAAAGUUGGAUUUAAAUGUAAAUUUAAAAUUGGAUUGGUUUGGCUUACCUCUUGAUAAUCUAAACAGCUGUAAGAGCUUUAAGGUUGGUUCCUGGCCAAAAAUCAAGUCAUUUCUUCUUAAAGGUUCUGAACAGAAAUAGUACAUUAUUACUUUUGUUAUGUGAAAAAGUGGGUAAGCGUGGAAAUUUGGUGUUUAUUUUUAAGGUAAUUCAAUAUAGUCCAGCAAUUUGAGUUGGUUUCAGAUCUUUUCCUUAGGGUAACAGGAAAAACUGUGACAGUGGUGCAAAGUAUUAAUGUUCAGGAAUGAUUAGCCUUGUCCUUAAGGAAAUUAUAUUGACUGGGAUUUCAAACUACUUUAGUUGUAUUUACCAUUAUUAAAAUUAAGUGAUAUUCACUUGGAUUAAGUAGCAAUAAAAAAUGUAGACUUUUCAGUGACUUUUGAUCCCAAGUUUUUAAUCACUGCUGGGCCUUCAUGUGUAAACUUGAAAACAAAAUAUGUAGAAGCAUCGCACUGGUUUGAAGAUUCUGGUGGUGACAGUUAACCUAAUCAGUUGUCAGUAGUGUAUCUAGAAACCUAUCUUGGGAGUGUGUGACACUCUUAAAAUAGGUCGAGAAAAAUUUAUGUCUACUCGUUCUCACUUUGUCCUUAUUUUGUAGUAUAGUAUUUAAGUGAAAGGAUAUUACUCAUCCUUAUACUGAAUUUCCGAAGUUUGUAUUUACGUUCACCAGUUUUUUGAAUGAUGGAGAGAAAUUAAUUGUCUUUGAUUAAGUUUGACGUAGAACCUAUCGUGGCUUUGAUGCGUUUGAUCCCAGUGCUGUCACUAGAAUACUAGCCAGUAGAAAUAGCAAGGAAUGACCUGACCACUUGAGUACAGUUGUUCGAAGUGCUGCAGGCAGUAUCUACAUGAGCCACCAAAUCAAUAGUGUCUUGAUUUGUGAUGUGUUAGAGAACAAUAUGACUCUCAGUAUAAUAGACUACAGUUUUAGUAGAUGCUUUCUAAAUGUUUUUUUUGCCUUUAAACAUUUCGUUACACAUUGGCUUCUGUUUAUAGCAUAAAUACAUACAGUGCAGUUUGAUCAUUUAUAUUGCAGUUAGAAACUUGUUUUACAGCACAGCAGUCAUCUGCAGCACAUUGUAGGUGGAAUGCUAAAUUUAUUUCAGUAUGUAGGAUGGGAAAUGUUUAGCAUUGGAAGGUGGAAUAGUAUAAAAUUAUUUGUUUAAAACUCUGGAAAUGACUUUAUAUAAUAUUUAAUUGAUAACAUUUGUUCAUUAUUUAAGCUAUUACAUUCUUACCAGAGUUUUUUUUGUCCUGAUAAUUUAGUGGUCUCGUUAAAUGUAUUGGCCAUUUUCACUCAUAUAAAAGAUUAUAGUUUAUGGAGCCACACGUUUAAGGUUGUUUUGGGGUGGGUCAGUUUUAUUACACUCAAAAAGAAAAACUUACCUCUUUCAGUUUGGAAAAGUAUUUUUUUUAUAAACACCAUUGUUCAUCAGAUCUAAGGUGCCAUUUAUUGUAAGAAGCAUCGUUCAGGAAUAAAAACUGUUUCCAGCAUGACAUGCCAGUGAUUAUGAGACCCAUCCUAUUUCGGAAAUGUCAAAUCUAAUGGUGUCUUACAAUCAAAGAAAUGCGGUAUUCAUUAUGAACUUUAUAUAGAUAUAUAUAUAAUCCCUUAUUCAUUGAGUGAUUUAAAGAACAUUUUGAUGUUUUUUUGUCAUUGUAUAUAUUUCAAAUGGGCACAACUUUAAAGAAAAAGUAAAUUUUAAUAUCCAAUUAAAAAUAAUUUUGUUAUACCUUAUGUGCCUUUAUUAUUACUUUAUGGGGUGCUAUAUUAAUAAAAUGUUUUAAGGGCUUUUAACUUUCAGAGAAAGGAAACAUUAAAAUUUUUCUCUUUAAAUGUUUUACAUAAUGUAGAAGAGGAGAAGCAAGUAUCUUUCUAUUCAUUUUUAAGAUAGGCAAAAUUAAAAACUAAAUAUUUGUAAAUAUAAUAAAUACUGCAGUGUGGCAGAGAAUUAUAAAUGUUUCCUUAAUUGAGGAUGCUGUGGUUUUAUAAAACUAUAACUUAAGUUUUUUAAGCACUAAAAUUUUAAUUUUCCACUUGAAAAGAAAUAAAGGUUACUACUUUUUAAUGGGAGAUUUAAAUACAAGACACCUUGGUUUAGCAAAACUUUCUGGAAUUAGAAUUCAAAAUUAAUGGGCCAGAUUGUUUUCUUUAGGGGGGUGUAUACUUUAAAUAGGGAUGUACAUAUUGAAAACAAUUUGAAAUACUCUGUCUCUGUGGUUCUCAGACAAGAAAUAUACAACAGAAUCACCUGUGGAAAUAGGAGGUGGGGGGAUGUCACCACAGACUUACAAAUACAGAAUCCCCUAGGAAGAUACAUAUUUUUAUACACACACACACACACACACACACACACACUCUCUCUCUCUCUCUCUCUCUUCCCUCGGUGUAUAUGUAUGCUUUUUAGACCCCCACAAACUACCACUUCAAAUAGAUUAAAACAUGUAAAUACUUAAUAUGCCAUGCACUUGAGAUUCUUCAAAAAAAUUUUAAGUAAAAUACUUUGGUAACAUAAAAAUUAUUUUUAAUGUUUCAAUAAAGUAUAUACUUGUGGCAGUUGGCAUUGGAGUAUGAAUAAAAAAUAGAGAAGUCAUUAUCACAGUUCUAAACUCAUUAAAGCAUUAAGAAUUAAUCUAAAAGAUGAAUUAAGGGAAGAAAGGCAUGGAAGGAAACAUCUUGACAUGGUUUUAUAGGAAGUGUUUUUGACUCAAUUGAGAAUUAUAGGAUACCUCAAAGAAAAGUUUACUUGAUUUAAAUGCUUUGAUUAUGGAAAGGGACCCUUUGGGACAAGAUUGUGAGUGUCAAAUUUAUCAAGGACUAGUAAUAUUUCUAGUAGGAUUACUUAGAUGUGGUUGCAUGUCAGAAACUAACGCAGAUCGGUGGUUUAUUUUGCAUGAGCUUUGCUGAGACAUUUUUCUUCCCCUCUACUUAAUUCUCUCCUGUUUUGGGGUUCUCUUUUCAUUCUGUAUGUACACUUAGAAUUACUCUGCCCUGUUCUAAUCAUGCUAUAGAACAAAUAAUCUGAGUAACUUGUAAACUAUAACAGUAGAUCAAGGGGUAGAAUUGUGCUAAUGGACUAAGUUUACAUCAUAGAAGCGGUAGGUGCAUCGGAUAGUGGGAUUGUAGCAGGAUUCUCACACAGUCAUGACACCAAGGCUUUUCUUUCCAGGAAGCAACUUUAUUCAUGCCAGCAUGGCUCCGUUGUGUUCGUACCCUAAGAACUGAGCCCUGAACGCCAUGUGGCAUAGUCUUUUAUGCAUUUUUGACUUCUUUGUUUUCCAUAUAUGGUAACACACAAACAUGCAGUCUGAUUAAGUGGUCUCAUGUUACAAGGUCGUGAGCGAGGUUAUGUUCCUGUGUAGCCAGGUUGCCUUGAGGGUUUUUGUUUUUUGGGUUUUGUUUCUUCAUUUUUUAGGGAGGGGACCCUACCACAGGAUGACCUAUAGUGAAGGAAGUGGAGGAGGGAGCUCUUAUGCACAGAGCUCACUAGAUGGUAGAGAGUAAACUUACAACUUGUGACUUUGAGCCCUGAAUUAAUGAGAAGUAGAGUCUAAUGAGCGCGUCACUCUGGCAUAGCAAUGGCAGAUAUGUUGCACUUGGUUGACCUGUGUUGUUUGGCCCUCUCCACACUCCAUGGGAGCUAUCACUAUUUUGUCCUACUUUUCUGCCUUUCUCAGAAUUCUCCAAUCCUUCUCGGGGCACCUGGGUGGCUUAGUUGGUUAAGUGUCUGACUUCUGUUCAGGUCAUGACCUUGCAGUUCAUAAGUUUGAGCCCUGCGUCGGGCUCUGUGCUUGACAGUUCAGAGCCUGGAGCCUGCUUCGGAUUCUGUGUCUCCCCCUCUCUCCCUGUGUCUCUCUCCCUCUCUCUCAAAAAUAAAUAAGCAUUAAAAAAAAAUGUAAAAAGCGUCAUCAUAGCACUCCAGCCUCCUUUUUGACCCUUUAUUCCAAGCAAGGACUAUCAGUUGGAUAUAAUUGUAUUGAAAGCAGUUUGCUGCCCCUUGGCUUAGCGGUUUCUAGGGUCAUUUCUAGUGUUUAAACACCUUGAGUAUAUGAAAUAAAUUUUCUCCUCUGUAAAAGACCACUUGAGGAAGCCAGAGGAACAAAAGGAAAGACUAACAGCAUUGGAACUUUUUAAGAGACCACAGAUUUCCAUGCCAUUAGGUUUUCAAAACUAUUUCUAACAUUUGCUAGAUAUAUAUGUCUUUUAGACAAGUUACUGUGCCUCCAAGCAUCAUUUCUUAAUAACUAAUCUGCACGGUUACAUUUUUAAAAUGGUCAUUGGUGAUGUUAGCUAGUACUUAAUAGACGUGUACUAUGUGACAAGAACUGGGAUAAUUUUAUUACCUGUAUAAGACUCAUGACAAUCUUGUAUUUUAAUAUCUAUUUUGCUAACAAGCCUGUCACAGAUUUAUUUCCCAGGGUCACCCAACUUGUAAAUACUUGAGGAAAGAUUGAAACCCAGGUCUAUCAUUUUGAAAAAUGAGCGUGUAGCACCUGCUAAGGUUCGACACAUACAUGGCAUAGGCUCACCAACUGUUAGCUCCUCUUCUCUUUAAAAGGCAAAUAAAACAAUAAAAAGAUGAAAGGCAAAUAAAUUUGUGCAGGCAGACAUAAACUUGAACAGCCAGUCUUCUCCUUCUAGGAUAAGGCUUCAUUUAAACACUAAACUGAAUUUGUAUUUUCCUUAUUACAAGUACCUGUGGGACUCUCUCCUUUUCCUAUAGCUAAAUAAUCACUCCAGCUGCAUUUUCUUAGAUUCUGUUUUCAGGGUUUGGGUUUUUCUUAAGGUUAUGCUAUGAUAUAAUAUGGUUAACUUUCUUGAGAUGGUAUUUUGAGGUUUUUGUUUUUGUUUUUUUUUAAUGUUUUAUUUAUUUUUGAGAGAGACAGAGACAGAGCACAAGAAGGGGAGGGGCGGAGAGAGAGGGAGACACAGAAUCCGAAGCAGGCUCCAGGCUCUGAGCUGUCAGGACAGAGCCCUAUGCAGGGCUUGAACUGAUGAACCACAAGUUCAUAACCUGAGCCAAAGUCAGAUGCUUAACCGACUGAGCCACCCAGGUGCCCCAAUAACAUGCUAUUUUGGAGGCAAGUUUGUAUUGCACUGAUACUAAGUAAGAUUUUUUUUUUUUUACUGCAACUUUCCCACAAAUAAAAUAUCAAAACUUAUUUAUCUUUUAAAAUGUUUAAAUAUAUGUAAAGCGGAGCCAAUGGUUGCUUGCAAGUUUAUAUUUUAGAUUGUGGCUGUAGGAGCUCCUGUCAAAAUUUGGCAUUUAUACACUCUAUGUAUUGACAAAACUUAGUAAUCCGUUUUCUUGUGUAUAAAGCUCCUAUAUUAAGAAUAUUCCAUGGCUUGAAUUAAGUGAAAUAUGUCAGGUUGUCUUUACACAUAGUAAGCAUUCAGUAUUGGUCUUUAUUCACCACUUGAAAUCAGGCAGUUUUAGAGCCCAGCUCUGUUGUCUUUGAUAGCAGUGGAUAAUUUGCAGUCAUUUUACUUUUCUCAAAUAUAUAAUCUGAUUCUAGGUUUUCUUUCUCUUCAAGUCUUCUGUUCAAAUCACGAAACUUAGAUUCAUUUAAGUUUUAAUUCAUAGCAUGUUCUGGUGCUGGCCUUUGAUCACCUUUUCCCAAGUCUUUGGACAGAUGACUUUAAACAUUGUGGCCAUAUUACUGGCUAAUUUGCAUGUCAGGGGAACAUGCUUAUUAUAUUUGUGAGAUUUCUAUUUCUACUAAUCUUGUCAAAGGUAAUUAUUAUUUUACUUAUGAUUAUUACAUGAAAUAAAAAGUUCUGCAUUUGAACAAUGAGUUUUUAGUAACAGGAGUCUUAUGUUUAUUACUGAACUUUGGUCAGUUUGCAUAUUAAUAAGAAUGUUAGUAAAUCAGAAGACUUGUGAUGAGUAAAAUUAACCUUUGAAAGUAUAAGGGAUAAAACUGUUUCAGAAUUGAUCUUUCUGUGAUGACUGAAAUUAGUUUGGACCUUUUAAAUAGGAGAGGGUAGCAUUUACCAUCUCCGUAAGUUCUGAAAAGCAUCACAUCUUAUAUAGUGUGGUCAUACCCAGGAUAAGGAUUUAGAGAUUGCUAAGUAGUUAAACUAUCAGGGCUUACGUUAGGACAUUUUUAAAAAUUUACUUAAUAAUAUUUUAACUAUAGCCCUUUGUUUUUAUCAUACUACUUUAUGAAUUGUUAGCCAAAUGACCACAAGUUAAAAUACAUUCUCACUGCAGGGAGAGAAGGGCUUGGGUACGGAGAGGCUUAACAUUUUUGACCUCUGUGUUACGAACAUUGUACAUAAUUUAUCUUCAGAAAUACACUGUUUGGUAGGAUUGUUACCUCUUUUUUACAAAUGAAGAAGCAAAUUCAAGUCCAGGGUUAAACGGAUUUAAUUUGCACCGGUGUUUGAUGCCAGGUUUUGCUGACUCUGAAGCUAUGCUUUACUUUAAAAGAUGCUGUUUUGGAAAGGUAGAUUUUAAUUCAUGACCUGUGUAAUUAGUUUCCUGCUAUAACAACAUUGCCAAACAUCGGGGGUCUUAGAACAACAGAAACUUAGUCCCUCACAGUUCCAGAGGUGAGAAGUCUGAAAUCAAGGUGCUGGCAGAGCCAUGCCUCUCUCUGAAGGCUCUGGAGGAGAAUCCUUCCUUUCUGCUUCAUAACUUCUGGGAGUUUUAAGCAGUCCUUGGUGUUCUUGACUUGGAGAUGCACCUCAGUCUCUGCCUCUGUUGUCAGAUGAUGGGCCGUCUUCCAUCUCGUGUCUUCACAUCAUCUCUGUGUGUGUCUGUGUGUGUCUAAAUUCUCCUCUUAUAAGGACAUCAGUUCUGUUGGAUUAGGAGCCCACCCUACCCCAGUAUGGCCUCAUCUUAGCUAAUUACAUCUACAGUGACCCUAUUUCCAAAUAAGGUCACAUUCUGAGGUACUGGGAGUUAAGACUUCAACAUACAUUUUUGGAGGACACAAGUCAUAACAGCCUAGGACUGAAUUCUGUAACUAUUGAAGAUCUAAGUAAACAGACCUUGAAAAAUUUAAAACACACACAGUGGGAAAGGUAGUCACAUUUUAGAGUGACAAAACACAUCUUUAUUGAAUUCUAUUUUUAAAUUACUUUGGGUAUUACAACAGUCAAAUCUCUAGUACAAGAAUUGCAAGCCAUUAAAACGCAGUAGCACUGCCUAGCUUUUUAGAUGAAUUUGUAAUGCCCAUAGUAUAAAACUUAAUUUCUUUAGUAAUAAUUGAAUUAAAAGAAUUUGGAAAGAAGAUCCUGUACUAUUAGGAUUAUAUAGCAAAGAAUCUUUUUACUGCAAAUUAUUCUUGCAUUAAAAAAAUUGACUUUAAAAAGUGGAGGUUUUUUAAAAACUUUAUUAAACAUAGCUACCCUGAAAAUUGCUAUGUGUCUUUCCGUUUCACUUCUGUUUGUUUUAAAUAGUUUAGCAUUUUCUUUUUUGUCUACUCAUUAAAAAUUUACCUUAAGUGAUAGGACUAUCACUUUGCCAUUUCAGUGGUUUAUUAGAAAUUAGUUUUAUUAUUUGCCAAAUAAAUAACCAAUUUAUUUGCUAUUUUUAUUUAGUGUUACAACCUUAAUACAUUUCUCUAUUUCUUUUGGUAGAAUUAGCACAAUUUGUAUUUGAUCAAGUAAAAAGAACUUUGUAUCAACUGAAGUCAAAGUUACAUGAAUAUAUAGGUCUUUACUAAAUAGGUGUCUUAACAAAGGCCCCUGUGACUUCAUAGAAAUUCGGACAGUUCUUCUUGUUUUUGUUUGAAGAACACCAAAGCACUUAAAACACUGCCUGGCAUGUCAUAUUACAUAGGUGUUCACUAUUGUAAUUGUGGAUAAUGGCCAGUAGAGACUUAGGGACAUGCAAAGUAGUGUUGUAUUGGUUGCAAAUAAUUAAGGGAUUAUUUGUACAGAUUUGAAUAUUCAAAAUGAGGAAAGAGAGGAUAGGGGAGUUUUGUGUGGUUCUUGGAGCUUUAUAGGUCUUUUGAGACUUUUUUUUUUUAACCUCCAAAGCUUCAACUCCUCGAGUUUAUUUGUCUGGUGCUUUAGGCUAGUGGCAAGCAUCCUGUUGGCCCAAGUGGCUUGCCUGUCAUGAAGAGGUGGCUGUGGUCUAAUAACAGGAAGAACAGUUAAAAAGCUUCCUUCCUGGGGCACCUGGGUGGCUCAGUUGGUUGAGUGUCUGACUCUUGAUUUUGGCUCACGUCAUGAUCCCAGAGUCAUGGGAUCGAGCCCUGUAUCAGCCUCUACACUGAACACGGAGCCUGCCUGGGAUUCUCUCUCCCCCACUCCCCCCACCCCCCCGUCCCUCUCCCCAGUUCAUGCUCUCUCUCUAAAAUAAAAUUUUUAAAAAGUCUCCUUCAUUUUGUUAAUUGCUUAAAUAUGUCCAGAUAGUAGUAAUUCAGUGGUUAAAAAUAGAGCAUUCCUCAUUUUUUUAUUCAAUAAAGCAGGAAUUCAAGUUUUAAGAGUAUACAUUUUUCAUGAGACAUGAGAAAGGCUAAUUAGAAAUGGAGAAACGAUUUACACUCCUAUGAAUAUAUUCAUGCUAAAAAUGUUGUUAAUCACUGAAAUAAACUAAAUACUUCCUUAAA